UGGCACUCUUCCGAGCGACACUGCGUCCAGAGAAGGCAGGCGAUAAACUAAUCAGUAAAUGAAGCAUUAGAAACCCUUGCCGCGAAGACAACACAAAGCCUCUCUCUUUCUCUCUCUGACUCUCUGAUAUGGCUUCUCUAGCUCUCGUACUUCUCAUGUUGACCAUGGUUGGUGGAUCAGACGCUGCUUGGUGUGUGUGCAGGCCUGAGAUGGCCGAUGCAGCUCUCCAGAAAACACUGGACUAUGCAUGUGGAGCUGGGGCUGAUUGCACCCCCAUUCUCCAGAACGGAGGAGCUUGUUACAAUCCCAACACCGUGAGAGCCCACUGCUCUUAUGCUGCUAACAGCUACUACCAGAGGAAGGGGCAGGCACAGGGGGCUUGUGAUUUCUCAGGCACCGCCACCAUUACCACUACGGAUCCAAGUAGCAGUGGCUGCGCUUACCCUGCAUCUUCCAGUGCUUCUGGCACAAGUUCGACACCGGCCAACAAGCACCCCACCCACCCACCACCUUCACUCCGACCAAUGGGGGUACCGGGAGGAUUGGGGCCGUCCGGUAGCUUGACCAGUGACGUUAACCACGGUGGUUUCCUCCUCAGGCCGGGGAUAGGUUGGCUCCUCCUCACUCUCAUUUGCUCGGGAAUUGGCUUCGACGCUACAGUGGUGACGAUGGCUGUGCAAAAAUGGAUACGUGAUUCUGCUGAUGUUGAUGCAGAGGCAUAUCUUCUCGUAAGAGUUUAGUGUGCUUGGGGGAACCCUGGAAUGGUUUGUCUCUCUUCUUCUUCUUCUUCUUCUUCUUCUUCUUCUUCUUCUUCCAUCCCGGGCCACAUGGGUUCUCUUCUCUGUUGUCACUGAUGAGCUGUUCUUACUGUCAAAUGGACCAACCCUGUUUUAUUCUUCAUUUCGAUCGUGUCAUGCAUCCCUA